AUGGCAAUGAAAUUAGACGGUUUACCAGGACCUGGACGCCCUCUUGUUGAUCAGCCUUUCAUUUCCCCAGUAAUUGGCUCUAUGCCAAUCCCUGGAGGUUCCUUUAGUGUUGGUGCUGCUCUUCCGGGGCUUCCCACACCUCAGGUUGAGGCUGCUCCUAAAAGGACACCUCGGCGCUUGUUUCCUGAAACGUGGAUGUGGGACCUGGUUAUUAUAAAUGGUUCUCAAGGAAAUAGCCAUUCUCAACUCCAUAGUUCCAGUAGAAAGAGUGAUGUAUCUGAAGAACCCAAAGAGAUUGCUCUUCCUGUGACCAUCCCGGACACCAUCACCGAAUGGAAAGCUGGAGCUUUCUGUCUUUCAGCAGACGCAGGCUUUGGCCUGGCCCAGCCCACUUUUCUGAAGGCCUUCCAGCCGUUCUUCAUUGAACUCACCUUUCCAUACUCUGUGGUGCGAGGAGAAGCCUUCCCACUCAAGGCUACCGUCUUCUCCUACCUGACUUACUGCAUCCGGGUCAGAAUAUCUCUGACGCCUUCUGCUGACUUUGAGGCAUCUCCUAUGGAGGAGGAGGAAGAUUCCUAUUGUAUCUGUGCAAACGGAAGGAAAACAGUGUCAUGGAUGAUGACCCCUAAAAUUCUAGGGGAGGUCAACCUCACAGCAAGUGCAGAGGCUGUGACUUCAAAUCAGCUCUGUGGGAAUGAAGUAGUGGAGGUGCCCACCAUUGGAAACAAAGACAUCGUGAUCAAGUCGUUAUUAGUUGAGCCUGAAGGGAUUGAGAAAGAAAUGGUGUUCAACUCUCUUCUCUGUGCAUCUGGAGAACCCGUGUCCAAAUCUUUUCCUCUGACAUUACCGGAGAAUGUUGUAGAAGGCUCAGCCAGGGCCUCAUUUUGUGUGCUGGGAGACAUUUUAGGAGGAGCGAUAAAGAACCUCAAUCAGCUUCUCCAAAUACCCUACGGCUGUGGGGAGCAGAACAUGGCCCUCUUUGCCCCCAAUAUCUACAUCCUGAACUAUCUCAAUGAGACUGGACAACUGACACAGGAGAUCAAAUCCAAGGCUGUCGGAUACUUAGAGGCUGGCUAUCAACGGCAACUGAACUACAAGCAUCGUGAUGGUUCUUACAGCGCUUUUGGAGAAUCUUACUCUAAAGAAGGGAACACUUGGCUGACGGCUUUUGUGCUGAAAUCUUUUGCUCGGGCAAGAUCCAUAAUCUUUGUGGAAGACAAGCAGGUCAACGAUGCUCAGAACUCACUGACACAGCAGCAGGAGAAUGAUGGAUGCUUUCGGAGCACUGGGUCUCUUUUUAACAAUAAUCUCAAGGUACAAGAGGAAGGUGACCCUGAUGACACAGAUAACUAG